AUGUCCGCAAAGUCCAUUCUUGAGGCCGAUGGCAAGGCCAUCCUCAACUACCACCUCACGCGCGCCCCAGUCAUCAAGCCGAGCCCUCUUCCUCCCCCGAGCAAGCACAACCCUCCUCCCAGGUUGGCGACUCUGAAUUUCCCCGAAGAUGCCGAUGUCGAGGGCGUUCUCGACCAGGCCGAGGUCACCUACCCGUGGUUGCUCCAACCCGGUGCCCGAUUUGUAGCCAAGCCCGACAUGCUGAUCAAGCGACGAGGAAAGAGCGGUCUUCUCGCUCUCAACAAGACAUGGGCUGAGGCGAGGGCCUGGGUUGCCGAGCGUGCUGGAAAGGAGCAGAAGGUUGAGCAUGUCAGCGGUAUCUUGAGGAACUUUUUGGUUGAGCCCUUCGUGAAGCACAGCCAGGACCAGGAGUACUACAUUUGCAUCAACUCCGUUCGCGAUGGCGACUGGAUUCUUUUCACUCACGAGGGUGGUGUCGAUGUUGGUGACGUCGAUGAGAAGGCUGAGAAACUUCUCAUCCCCGUCGAUCUCUCGCAAUAUCCUUCCAACAGGGAGAUUGCUGAGGCCCUCCUCAGCAACGUGCCCGAGGGUGUGCACAAGGUGUUGGUUGACUUCAUCACCCGUCUCUACGCGGUGUACGUUGACUGCCAAUUCACAUAUCUCGAGAUUAACCCUCUUGUGGUGAUCCCCAACGCCGAGGGAACCUCUGCGGCCGUUCAUUUCCUUGAUCUUGCCGCGAAGCUCGAUCAGACUGCCGAUUUCGAAUGUGGUGUCAAGUGGGCUAUUGCGCGGUCACCCGCUGCCCUCGGCCUCACCAACGUCGCUCCUUCCACCGGCGACAAGGUGAACAUUGAUGCCGGCCCCCCCAUGGAGUUCCCCGCUCCCUUCGGUCGUGAACUUUCCAAGGAGGAGGCGUACAUCGCUGAGCUCGAUGCCAAGACUGGUGCUUCUCUCAAACUGACUGUUCUGAACCCCAACGGUCGCAUCUGGACCCUUGUCGCUGGUGGUGGUGCUUCCGUCGUCUACGCCGACGCCAUUGCGUCGGCUGGCUUCGCUGAUGAGUUGGCCAACUAUGGUGAAUACUCUGGAGCGCCCACCGAAUCCCAGACCUAUCACUACGCCCGUACCGUACUCGACCUCAUGCUCCGCGCUCCCCUAUCGGACAAGGGCAAGGUCCUCUUCAUUGGAGGUGGUAUUGCCAACUUCACUAACGUCGCCAGCACAUUCAAGGGUCUUAUCCGUGCCCUCAGGGACUUUGCUCCCCAGCUCAUUGAGCACAACGUCCAGAUCUGGGUCCGCCGUGCCGGUCCCAACUACCAGGAGGGUCUCAAGAACCUCAAGGCGGCGACCCAAGAGCUUCGCCUCAACGCGAGGGUUUUCGGACCCGAGAUGCACGUCUCUGGUAUCGUCCCUCUUGCGCUCGUCCCCGGCAGGUGGGAGGAGAACAAGAUUCCCGAGUUCCAGGCUUAA